AGUGGGUCAGAGAGACAAGCAGUGGCAGUGUAAAUGGACGGUGGACGUAGAGGGAGGAGAAGGGCCGCUGUUACCUAACUAAACCAGAAAAAGCCUGCCAGUCCCACUGAAGGAUUAGCUCCCUCCGCCGUGCCGUAAGGAACCAAGAAUAACAAGGAUUACAGAAAAUGGCACUCCCGUCAGUGAUGGUAUUGCCCCUGCUGACUGUCGUGGCAGCAGGGGUGUAUUACAUCUACACUGAGGUUAUGCACUACAUGGCCAAGUCUUUAGUCCGAAACAAGGUGGUGGUCAUCACUGAUGCUGUCACCGGCGUGGGAAAUGAGUGUGCUCAUCUCUUCCAUAAGGGCGGAGCCAGGCUCAUCCUGUGUGGGACGAACUGGGACAAGCUGGAGAGUCUAUACGACUCUUUAACAAAUGAUGCUGACCCCAGCGAGACAUUUGCGCCCAAGCUGAUAAUCCUGGACUUCCGUGACAUGGAAAGCAUGGAGGAUGUGGUGGCGGAGGUGGUGGACUGUUAUGGUUGUGUGGACGUGUUAAUUUGUAACAGCAGCAUGAAGCUCAAGGCUCCAGUGCAGAGUGUCUCCCUGGAACUUGACAAAAACAUCAUGGACGUCAACUACUUUGGGCCGACCACUUUGACCAAGGGCAUUCUUCCAACCAUGAUUCCAAGAAGAUCGGGACAAAUUAUUUUGGUCAACAGCAUCCAAGGCAGACUGGCCAUCCCCUUCAGAAGUUCAUAUGCAGCCUCCAAACAUGCAGUACAGGCCUUCUUUGACUGCCUCCGGGCGGAGGUGGAGGAGUACGGGAUCACUGUGAGCACCAUCAGUCACACUUUCAUCGACGCAGCAAGCCAGCAGUCUCCCGAGAACCCCGCCCCAAAACCACAUAGCCUGGCUGCAUUUAUUGCCAGCCAGCUGACACAUGGGGUCUGUCCGUCAGUCCUGGCCAAUGAGAUUAUGCGAACAGUGAACAGGAAGCGGAAGGAGGUUGUGCUGGCCCACCCCAUCCCCAGGGUGGCCCUCUACCUCCGAUCCAUCUUACCCUCUUUCCUUUUUGCUGUGCUGGCUGCAGGAGUGAAGGACUCUGUUGUGGCUGAACAGAUGCAGUAGGGGACACA